UAAAAAAAAGCCGAAAUUUUUACUCUAGAGGUGAAGUUUCUAUCAGCGGGCACUCCCUCGGCUUCUGUACUGAUGAAUUUCGCUGCCCGUUCUGGUUUCCGAGUUGUAAUCUGAAUUCACUCAAGGGGAGUUAUUUCCAGUCGAGCUAAUUCUGAAGCUCCUUUUAACAUUCAAGUUUGAGGAAAAUGAGCAAGAAUAAGAAGAACCCUCUUGUAUUUUUGGAUGUAUCAAUUGAUGGGGAUCCUGUGGAGAGAAUUGUCAUUGAGCUUUUUGCAGAUGUUGUUCCCAAAACAUCAGAAAACUUUCGGGCGCUCUGUACAGGUGAGAUGGGCAUGGGAAAAUCUACUGGGAAACCUCUGCACUACAAAGGAUCGUUUUUCCACCGAAUAAUUAAAGGAUUCAUGGCCCAGGGUGGUGAUUUUUCAAAAGGAAAUGGCACUGGUGGAGAAAGUGUUUAUGGAGGGAAAUUUACAGAUGAGAAUUUUGUGUUGAAGCAUGAUGGACCUGGUGUUCUCUCUAUGGCAAAUGGUGGUCCAAACACAAAUGGUUCACAGUUCUUUAUCACAUUCAAGCGCCAACCCCAUCUUGAUGGAAAGCAUGUGGUUUUUGGAAAGGUUGUGAAGGGAGUGGAUGUUCUGAAGAAAAUUGAACAGGUGGGAACGGGUGAUGGGAAAUCUACACGCCCUGUAAAAAUUGUAGAUUGUGGUGAAACCUCUGAAAGUAAAAUGCAGGUUCCAGUUGAGAAAGAUGCAGGGAAGAAGAAGAAGAAAUUGGGAAAGCUUCCUUCUUCUGAGGAUAGUUCUGAUGGACAAGUUAAAGGAAGACUAAAAAAGUCCAUGAAGGAUGAAAGAAAGAAAAGAAAACGGAGACAUUCCUCCUCUGAUUCAUACAGCUCAGAUUCUUUUUCUUCAGAUUCUGAUUCAGAUUCAUAUUCAGAAUCAGAUUUGGAUUCCUCCACAGAUGAUUCAUCCAGUGAUGGGAGACAUAGGAAGAGAAGAUCAGUGAGAAAAUACAAGAGCAAAAUAAAGGAUGGGAGAAGGGGUAGGAAGAGAAGCCAGCGUGGAAAACGAUCAAAGCACAAGUCCAAAUGGUACUCGGAGACCUCAAGUGACACAGAAUCUGAGAGCUCUAGCAGCAGCUCUGAUGAUGACAAAGCUGAUCCUCGUGAAUCUGCUCGUAAAAACAAUGCCUCAAGUCAGGCCAAAACGAAGUCACCACGGAGGAAUAUCGAUGCAGGGAGAAAAUCUCCAACCCAUUUGUUGGAAAAAGAAUCUGAUACAGGACGACAGAGUAAUCAUGAGCUCAAGAUUGUUGAGCACAACACAUCACAUGAAGAAGGUGAAUUGUAUCCAAAAGAUCUUGAGCAUCUACGCAGUGGUCAUCGCAUGGAAUCUAAAUAUGAAUCAGCUGAUAAUCAGCAUUCCUACUCAGAUGCAUCAGGAAAAUCCAGGAGUGUGACUCCAGUCCCCAGGAGAAGGGCAGGCAACAAUAGGAGUGGUUUAAGAUUGAGAUCUGAAAGAACUGACAGAAGUCCAAUAAUCAGAAGUAAAAGUAGAAGUCCUGCUAGGAAGCCUGCCAGGAUCAAUGGGGGAAAUUCUUCUAAGCGCACAUUGAGUAGUCCUCCCAGCAAAGCCCCUGAAACUUCUGCCUCUAACCAUGGACAGAGAGUGUCACAAAGCCCUUCACCUUUUGGUGCUGCGAAGCGCAUAAGAAAGGGACGUGGCUUCACUGAACGAUAUUCCUUUGCACGCAAGUAUCGCACCCCUUCUCCUGAGCAUUCGCCUCGCAGGGCAUAUCAUUAUGGUGGAAACCAUGAUAGGUAUUCAAGCUAUAGAAGUUAUCCUGAGCACUCACCACGUAGGCGCUAUAGAAGUCCACUGAGGGGUCGUAGCCCUCCCAGAUAUGGGAGUAGAAGAAGUCGAAGUAGGAGCAUUUCUCGCAGUCGUCGGGGACAUCAUGACCGCUACAUGGACCGCAUUCGGAGCCGGAGUCCAAUACGCAGUCGUAGUCCUGGGGAUAAGCAACCUGCUGUUAGUGAGGCAUUAAAAUCUCGUCUUGGUUCCCGAGUGGAUAAUCAGCGCUCACAAAACAAAGAUGGGUUGAGGUCCAGGUCCAGGUCCAGGUCCAAAAGUCGUGAGUCCUCACGAUCUAGAUCCCCUGAUUCUGCACCUCCAAAGCGUAGUGGCAGGGCAGCUUCUGCGUCGUACAGCACAUCAAGAUCGAGCUCACCAUCUGGAAAGCAAGAUUUAGUCGCCUAUGGAGACGUCUCCCCUGAUGUUGGAACCGAGUAGCUUCCUGGUGGGUGCUCAUUUUUAGCAAGCAACACAGGUACAAAUUAACUGCAUACAACAUGCAAUUUGUGAGAUGGAUUUUUGUAUAACUCAACGUGUGCAAAUGUCAUUUUACGUUAUCUUCUUGUAUUGAACUGGAGUUGCGAAUUUUCGUGGGGUCUGAAAUCUACCUGUCAGUUGUUCGAUGAACA